CUUAGCCUUCCAAAGUCCUCAGCCACAAACCAAUCAAGCUCCACAGCCACACAAAUGGCCUCCACUCUUUUCCGCCUUCUUGUCUUCACCACCUUUCUUCAUCUUCAUUUCCCCAAAUCUCUGCCCUUCCUCUUUCCUCUUCAAUCCUCCACCAUAUACUUCCUCUUUCUCUAUCCCCUUCCUUCCCGAUUUUUCUCCUCUAACACCCUCUUUACCUUCUUCUUGGAUUUAUCCGGCGGCAGUGUUUUACCGGCACUGUGGCGCUUUGAGUUGCUGCUUUUCCUCCGAAUUUCGUGGAGUUGAUGAUCUCGGAGUAGGAAACGGGAGAAGAGGGAUUUCCGGGAAUCUAUUCUAGAUCGCGGUGGUAAUCUGGAGUGUGAAGAUGAAAAUACAGUGUGAUGUUUGUGAGAAAGCUCCUGCUACUGUGAUUUGUUGUGCGGAUGAAGCGGCGCUUUGUGCGAAAUGCGAUGUUGAAGUUCAUGCUGCUAAUAAGCUUGCGAGUAAACACCAGAGGCUUCUCCUUCAGUGCCUCUCCACCAAGCUCCCCAAAUGCGACAUAUGCCAAGACAAGGCGGCUUUCAUUUUCUGUGUUGAAGACAGAGCACUAUUUUGUCAAGAUUGUGAUGAACCAAUUCACUCAACUGGUAGUCUUUCAGCAAACCACCAGAGGUUCCUAGCCACUGGAAUCAGAGUGGCUAUGAGCUCAAGUUGCAUGAAGGACGUCGACAAGGUGAAGAUGGAACCUCCGAACCCGAAGAACCCCCAGGUUCCUGCUAAAAUGUCUCCCCAGCAAGUUCCUAACUUCACAUCCCCAUGGGCUGUUGAUGACUUUCUCCACUUCUCUGAUCUCGAGUCCUCUGACAAGAAAGAACAACUAGAGUUUGGGGAGUUAGAAUGGCUAGCAGAAAUGGGACUCUUUGGCGAGCAGGUUCCUGAAGAAGCUUUAGCUGCUGCUGAAGUUCCCGAGCUUCCUACUUCGCACGCAGGUAGUGCAUUCACAUGCAGACCGACAAAGUCGAGCACGUCAUACAAAAAGCCGAGGAUCGAGAUGGUAGACGAUGAGGAGUUUUUUACAGUUCCUGAUCUUGGAUGAACGAAGAAUGCACAGAUGUUGAAUUGGUAUGCUUGUGAAAGAUAGAGUUUAUAAUCUUACAAAAUGUUUAUGUAUAGUAUUGUCGCCAUGGGCAUGUGAUAGUAUGCGUUAUAGUAGUUUGCUUUGAUUUUGUACCUUAUUAUAACUUUUGGAUCUUUUAUGAAAAAUAUAAGAUUAUGAUAAAGAAUGGUGACUCGUGUUGUAAAGAUUAAA